AUGAAGCCAUUUCUGAUCGUCCUGGCUGGAGUUUCAGUGGUCGGUAUUGUGGCUGCAGAGAGACCAUCAUGUCUGAAACGUGCAGCAUUUACUUCCACAAACUUUGAGAACAUCCUGACGUGGGAAACGGAGGCAGAUAUUCCCCCUGGCACCGUGUUUGAUGUCCAGUACAAACAGUAUGGAGAGAAAUCCUGGCUCCCCAAGCUUGAGUGCCAGAGCAUCACCCAGCUCUUCUGCAACCUCAGCCAGGAGACAGAGAACUUCACGGAGCAUUUCUACGGGCGGGUGAGGGCCAGGGGCUGCUCCCCGAGCUGGGUGCGCUCCGAGAGGUUCGAGCCCCGCAAAGAGACCAUCAUAGGGGCACCACAAGUGGAAUUCAUUCCCCAUGUACGCUCCAUAAAGUUCCUGAUCCGGCCCCCCUUUACCCCCCUGCGGGGUGAGGAUGAGCAGCAGCUCACCGUGGAGGACAUUUCCAGCAAAUUUGGGGCUGUGGAUUAUCACCUGACAAUAUUCAACCAGAGGACACAGCAGCAGUGGACAAAGAAUGAGCACAGCAAAGAAUUUGAAGUUUCCAACUUGGACCCAGACACUGAAUACAAUGGGACAGUUUACAUCUGUCUGCUCCAGAGAAGGAGCAAACCUCAGGUGUUUUGGGUCAAAACACUGUCAGAUAAAACGUGGAUUUUCUGCUCUUUGGUGGCCCUGGCGUUCUGUGCCGGGCUGGUGUUUGCUGCCAGCACUUAUGUGACCUACAAAUACAUCAAACAGCGCAGUGCCCAGCCCAGAGCCCUGGACUUCAGAGGGAUUCCAUCGUUCCAGCCUCUCACACUGACAGUGGAGCACAUCGUAAAGCCCCUCAGCUUUCCCAAACCUUGCCUCUCCAUCCCUGAAGUGCAGCUGGCCCAGAUGAGCCAAGAUUUGGACAGGACCCUGGAGCCAGCAGGGCCUUUCUGUCCCUACCAACAGCAGGAGGAUGUUCCAGCAUUCCCGCUGUCCCCUCAGCCUUUCCAGGUGGAAUUCCCAGCUCUGACUGCUUACACUCCUCAGAGAGCAGAGCAGAACGUUCCUGCAGCCACGGGCAGCAGCAGCCUGGCCAUGACCUACGGGCUGUGUGUGCCAGGCACGGCUCACACCGACCACGGCUCGCAGAGCCUCGAGGGAAUGUCACCGGAUCGUUCUGGGGAUGGAAAACUCCAAACACAGGGGCUGGGAAAGAGCUGCAACCACUGGGAUUACAAAGAGCAGCAGGCAAAGGUGGCCCUGUGGAAGAGCAGGGACAGACUGGAGUCUGUGAUGCAGGGGAGCCCUGGGCAGAGGCAGCUGCUGCUGCAGAGCGAGGGGCUGGAAAAGGCAGAGAGUGUGUCCCAGCUGUCCCUGUCUUGGCUGGAACAGGGAGGAUGCUACACACAACAGGCAGAGAAGCUGCCCCUGCUGCUGUCUGCAGGGAAAGCUGCCCCAGACUUUGUGGCAGAGGAGGAGCUGCUGGCACCGCUGUCAGCAGCCCUGCUUCUCUCGGUGAGGACUGGGAACGACAUCCCUGGAGAGAACCACGAGGAGCAGUGGGUGCUGCCAGAGCCAUUCCCACACCCUGCAAGCAAAGCACAGCUCCCAGGGACUGCGGGCAUGGAAAUGUUCCCAGCAGAAAAGGAGCUGAGCUGCACAGAACUGAGCGUGUCCCCAGCCAGCAGCUCCGGCUGGGACAGGGGAACUCCUCUCGCCAUGCUCUUCAAAGAUCUGGACUUGAAAGUGCAGUGGGAUGAGGAGGAUAGCACAGAAUUUUAUUAG